AUGGAGAGGGGGAGAGUGAUGAAUGGAGAGGGGGAGAGUGAUGAAUAUCCACUGACUGUUGUUGCCAUGCGUAACCCCUCCCUGGCUGUUGUUGUCAUGCGUAACCCCUCCCUGACUGUUGUUGCCAUGCGUAACCCCUCCCUGACUGUUGUUGCCAUGCGUAACCCCUCCCUGGCUGUUGUUGCCAUGCGUAACCCCUCCCUGACUGUUGUUGCCAUGCGUAACCCCUCCCUGGCUGUUGUUGCCAUGCGUAACCCCUCCCUGACUGUUGUUGCCAUGCGUAACCCCUCCCUGGCUGUUGUUGCCAUGGGUAACCCCUCCCUGGCUGUUGUUGUCAUGCGUAACCCCUCCCUGGCUGUUGUUGCCAUGGGUAACCCCUCCCUGGCUGUUGUUGUCAUGCGUAACCCCUCCCUGGCUGUUGUUGCCAUGCGUAACCCCUCCCUGACUGUUGUUGUCAUGCGUAACCCCUCCCUGGCUGUUGUUGUCAUGCGUAACCCCUCCCUGGCUGUUGUUGCCAUGCGUAACCCCUCCCUGACUGUUGUUGUCAUGCGUAACCCCUCCCUGGCUGUUGUUGUCAUGCGUAACCCCUCUCUGGCUGUUGUCAUAUGCAAUAGAAUGAGGAAUUGGCGUGCUCGACUCAACAGUUAAUAGUAACAAAAAGUAUUUAGGUGCUGCGUUCAAAAGGCAUAUACUGGAAAAAAGGGAAAACCCUCCCAAACUGUGAGUCUUUACGUUUGAAUGUAUUUUAAGAAGCAGCAGAGGUCAGAGAAAACGGAAUGCGUCUUUACGUUUGAAUGUAUUUUAAGAAGAAGCAGAGGUCAGAGAAAACGGAAUGCGUUUCGGCAUGUUUAGGUGACGGCCUUUGUCAUAUACAACCCACCAACCCAUCUGUCUGUAUUUUCAGGCACAAGGAGACCGUGA